AUGGCCUCACCACAAACCGUCUACCUCGCCGUCAGCCAAGCGCACACCCUCUCCAGCACCCCGGAGACACUCCAGGCUUUGUCACAGCAGUGUCGGCAAGCAGCCAAGCAGACUCCAUCCCCCGAUCUGAUUCUCUUUCCGGAAGCUUACAUUGGGGGCUAUCCUCGUGGGGCGACCUUUGGAGCCAAGGUGGGAUCUCGGGACGAUGAAGGCAGAGAACAAUACCUGAACUACUUCAAGGAUGCGGACGGGAGUGGAAGUGGAGUCCGAAGGGGCGAUGGAGUCCGCGAGGAGCUGGAACUAGUGGCUCGCGAGACGGGUAUCUUCAUCGUCACUGGAUUGGUCGAGAGGGCUGGAGGUACUCUGUACUGUGCGGUAGUCUAUGUGUGUCCCAAGUUGGGAGUGAUUGGCAAGCGGAGAAAGGUCAUGCCGACAGGAAGUGAGCGUCUGGUUUGGGGCCAGGGUCAGCCUUCCUCGCUCCGUGCGGUGACAACCACCAUUAAAGGUGUGAAACUCACCUUGGCAGCUGCAAUCUGCUGGGAAAACUACAUGCCGCUAUUGAGACAUUCUCUCUACAGCCAGAACGUCAACCUCUAUCUGGCACCUACAGCUGAUCAGCGCGACGCUUGGGCCCCUCUUAUGAGAACCAUUGCCUGCGAGGGCAGAUGUUUCGUUUUGAGUGCCAACCAAUGCCACAGAAAGAAGGACCAGCCUGCCUGGGUUUACGGGGAAAAGUCUGAAAGUGAGGAGUUUGCCACCAGAGGGGGCUCUUGCAUCGUAGCCCCGAGCGGAGAUAUGCUUAAGGGGCCGCUCUGGGAGGAGGUAGACGGCAUGAUGAUGGUGGGGGUGGAUUUUGAUGAUUGUCUGAGAUACAGAUUGGAUUCAGAUGCUGCUGGAAGUUAUUCGAGGAACGACUCGUUUAAGUUGAUUGUCAAUGGACUUGAUAUCAGCCCCCCUCUGUAA